UUAAUUCACAUGUAACACACCACUAAAAUUUCAAAUCAUUUUGUGUAUAUAUAACAUACAGCUGGUGGUGUUUGGGGGAUUUUUGCAAAAAAAAAAAAAAAAAAAAAGUUAAACCUAACAAUGCUCGAAACCCCUGCCGAUUCAUCAUCUACGGCCAACAUUGCCAACAUUAAACGCUAUGCUCCUCCUAAUCAAAGGAAUCGAUCCCUUGGAAGGAGAAAGUCUGGAGGAGAUAGAUUGGAAAAGACAAGUAGUUAUGGGAAUGAUGGGGAUAGAAAUCAAAGAAAUGUUCCUAUUUUGGAUCAUGCUGAUCCACCACGCUUAAUUGGGUUGCAAGGAUGCUGUAGCAGUGAAGCUUAUCAACUCCUCAACAACCGUUGGGCAGCUGCUAUCAAUGCAUAUGAAAAUCCCUCAACUGAUUUAGCCGAGCGACCGGUUAUGUAUUCAGGAAGCAGUGCAUCAGCAUGGGGACAAUUUCGACUUCCUCAUCAGAUGAUUUCCCAGACAGGUAGAGUUGGAGUUGGAGCUUCAGGGAGUCAGAUUGAUUUCUUAGGUGAACUCAGGCAAGCAAUGCGAAGCCAUAACUCAAACACCCAUUUCUGAGUUCUGACAAGUAAACACAGUCAGAGCUUUUGGUUGUUUGGACCAUAAUAUCUUUCAGUUGCUGUUGUAUGUGUUGUUAACUUGAAUUUCUGUUGGAUUCGAUCCCAAAGACGGAUCAUUUGUACUCUAGAUUUUAAUGCAAUUGGAUGAUGAUACUUUUUUAGUUAUUUUAGUUAUAUACAAG